AAACCAUACCCACCUCUGGAUAAACAUCAGAACUUCCUCUACCCUUUUCUCCCCAUCUCUCUCUCUCUCUCUCUCUCUCUCUCUCUCUAGAAAUUAACAUGGCUGGAAUGAUGCCCAUAGUUGAGAUGCAGUACAGGAGGAGAUCAAAGACUUAUUCCCACCGGACUCAUGAGGACAAUAGUCAUUUCCAUGGAAAUUACCCUUCUUCUCUGAGAUCAUGGAUCGACCCAUCCAUGGAUGAAGCGGCUUUAAUUGCGCGGGGGCGGCUGGAGGAGAAACUUGGCUAUUUCCGUCCUUCAAGGUUGAACGGAGUUCAAGCAUAUGAAGGUAGAGCCGAUCAACUUACGACGACCGCAAGAGAUAGGAGCGAUGAUCAACACUUGGUUUCAAGAAUACUAGGGCGAAGACCCUGGAAUUUCCAAUUAAUCAACAGCAGUACAAGUAGUAAAUCGAAAGGAGGGCAGCAGCUGAUCUGUGUUGUGUGCUUGGAAGGUUGCCGGGCGGAGGAUCAACAAGUGAUGGAAUUGCCAUGUUCCCACAAGUUUCACUCCAAAUGCCUAAACCCCUGGCUUGCUUCUCAUCCCAAUUGUCCCAGUUGUCGAAGCCCGGUUCAAAUCUAAGUUGCCUCUAGUGUAUACCUUGUGGCCUUUUUGUGUGUUACAGAAAAUUUACUUACUAGUACUAGUUGCUGCAACUAAAGUGGUUUCAAGAAACACAGAUAGAAUGGGCCCCUUUGUUCUUAGCGGGUGCCAAAUUUUGAAGAUAUAUUCGUCUUUUUGUCUUCUUUUCUUGUAAAGUAGUAAUUAUCAAUUUUCAAUUCUCUCAAAAGUUUACAAGUUACUGAGCGUCGCAAUGUCAAAGGGGUGACGCACCUUAACCGUGAUUGAUUUAAAUAGUGAAAUCCAUUCUUUUUCAUGCUGGCUUUUUAUACCCA